AUGGCCGCACCCCUCGUGCCAAAGCCGAAGCAGCAGGGCAUGUUCGAUUAUGGCACCCUGGCCAGCGUGGAGAAGUGCACCUCAGAGGAGCUGGCAGAGAAAUGGCUGGGCAAGCUGGACUUGAAAGAUGCAUCGCACGUCAAGCAAGCUUUCCAGGAUCACGGCGUGAUAGGAACCGAUGUCGUGUACUUGGAUCUCAGCGACCUUCAGGUGCUUUGCGACAAGGUGGGGGAUCGAAAGAAGAUCCUCAGGAGCCUCCACGAACUCAAGAAUGCAAAGGUAAUGCAAGAGAAGAAUCGGAUCAUCGGGAAGUUCCACCCCUGGGAGCCUUGGGGUUGCUGCUGCCUCUGCCGGAACAGCGAUGCCCCAGUAAUCGUGCUGCCAACCGUGAUCAAGUUCAAGACACGGCCGAGCCUGAAGUUCCUGUCCGUGGAGUCGUGCAUCUCGCGUGAGAGGAUCACUGAGAGUCUCCUCGUCAGCCAGAUCCAGGAUCUGACGGUGCGGCAGACAGGCUGGUCACUCUGCGACUUCGACAUCGCGAGAAUGUGUUGCUGGUGCCCGACAACCCAACUUCACUUGAUUGCUGACAACGAAACUAACCCGGAGCUCACCUUCAUGCUUCCCUACUCGGAAGCUGCGGUCGUUGAGCGGAUGCUCCGUGAUGCCAUGGAGGCCAGUGCAUCAGGUCAAACUGACAUGGCGUACAUCCUGGCUGACAAGCGAUCGUGA